CCUGAUUCAACUCCGUCGGAUAUCCCUCCAUCGGUAAUGGCUAUUUCUAAUUUACGAUGCCCUUCUCCUCCUCCAAUAUUGAAUAAUGCUCAUUCAACUAAUAAUGUAUCCCAUCUUAAUUUGAACCAAAGACCUCCUGUCAAUGGUCAGGCUUCUGUUCUGGUUCCUAAUCUCCAAACUCAACAACCAAUUAAUCAAAGUAAUCGUAACGUUGUACCUGCUGGUGGUGCUUUAUUGAAUGAGAAGGCGUCUCAAUCACAUUCUAAUUUAGACUCGACAAAUGAACCUAAUAAUGUUAUUAAUUUUUCUAUUCCGAAAAAUUUGGAAUCAAAUAAUCAAAUUUCUAAUAAUAAUAUAAGUCCAAUUGCUUCUCCUUCAAUUGGUUCAACAAACGAAUCAACCAAUAGUUUAAAUUAUGCUUUGCGUCCUCCUUCAGAAGCUAGUCAUCAUAAACAACCUUCCGUUCAUGCCCAUUUUUUCGUUAAUGAAACUUUAAAGCCACAGAAGAAUUUAAAUAGAUCAAGAAGUGAUUCAGGUUCUGCAACCGGAUCAGAAUAUCUGACUAAUUCGACUGCUCAAAAACCUUCAGCCACUGAAUCUUUAGAACGUUUGGCAAGUCAAACAAAUAUUCAAAAUUCAAAUCAAAUAAAUAAAUCAAUUCCUCAACAACAUUCUUUACAAAAUGGUGAACAAAAUUCAAACAUUGAUCCUCGUUUACCUCAAGAUGAUGGUAAAGUUCACAUCUUAUUAGGUGUUUGUGGUGCUUUAUCAACUGGUAAAAUAAAAUUAAUUAUUAAUAAAUUGAUUGAAAUUUAUACUCCAAAUAAAAUUUCAAUUCAAUUAAUUUUAACUAAAGCAAGUGAAAACUUUAUUUCUCAUGAAGUUUUAAAUCAUUUAGAAAACACUAAAAAAAUUAGAGUUUGGAGAGAUUCCGAUGAAUGGACUACUUGGAAAACCAGAUCUGAUCCUGUUCUUCAUAUUGAAUUACGUCGUUGGGCUGAUAUAUUAAUUGUUUGUCCUUUAACGGCUAAUACUUUAUCUAAAAUCUCUUUAGGUUUAUGUGAUAACUUAUUAACCAAUGUGAUUAGAGCUUGGAAUACUUCUUAUCCAAUUUUAUUAGCCCCUGCAAUGGUUAGUUAUUCUUAUAAUGCAAUCACUACUAAACGUCAAUUAAGAUUGAUUUCUGAAGAAAUGCCUUGGAUUGAAAUAUUAAAACCAGUUGAAAAAGUUGUUGGUAGCUACGGUGAUAUUGGUAUGGGUGGUAUGAUGGAUUGGAAUGAAAUUGUUAAUAAAAUUGUUCUUAAACUCGGUGGUUAUCCUGAAAUCGAAGAUGAAGAUGAUGAAAAUGAUGAAGAUAAAAAAACUGACAAUGAAGAAGCUGUCGUCGAUGAUGAUGAUGAUGAUGAUGAUGAUGAUGAUGAUGAUGACGAUGAUGAUGACGAUGAUGAUGACGAUGAUGACGACGAUGAUGAUGAUGUCAUCGAG